CAUAAAAACAUAGAUGCUGCUUUGGCUGAAUCGUCAGCAGAGAUUUAAGCUAGAUAUGUAUGUUUGACUCGCUGGAUAAUUCCCUGCUGUGAAUGGCUACUUCCUUGUUUGUACAUUAAACUACGGUGGCCAAGAUACGACAUCCUGAUCCUGUUGCUUUUCAGAUGCAUAGUACACACACGUGUGUACAUUGGUUUGUUAUCAGUCAUCCACAAUCGUGUUUUUUCUUUGUUUCCCUAUUUUAUUACGUAUUUUUAUGGUAUUAGUUUAGUCACUGCUUGAAAUGGACAACAACGAAAAUGGAAAGGAAGAAGACACGGAUCAGUUUUUUCUUGACCAUGUCCUGAAUACGCUGUAUGAUUUCGGUGAUCGAACAGUAUCAAAGAGAGAACACAAGUCACAGAAGAAGAGAUCCCAAAGGAGUGAGGUAGAGGACGAGGACACCGCUGCAGACGAUUGCAGUGAUACUAAAGACAGUCUGGAAGUCAGACUUUCAGAUAUCUCAGCGAUUGACCUUCCUGGUGCGUCUGAAGUUGGAAACACAAGUUUAACCACUAAACAGGCACCACCAGUAGAGGUGGUCACAUUCCAGGAUCCUACAAAGAGACCGAGACAAGCCAGAAAGCCACCAGUGCCCGAGGUCAAGGACAAGCCUCCUCAAACAAAAGAGAAAAAGGUGGACCCAGAUGAAUUCAGUCUAGAAAAGGCUCGGUUAGAAGUUCAUAGAUUUGGAAUCACUGGAUACCAGAAAGUGCAGCAGAGGGUUUUUGAACAGGAGCGAGCCAUCAUGCUUGGAGCAAGGCCCCCUAAGAAGGAGUAUGUAAACUACAAAGUGUUGCAGCAAAGGGUUAAGGACAAAAAGCAAAAGGCAAAGGACGAGAUUCAGACGGACUUAAAGAAAAAGAAGAUGACUAAACCAAGGGAUGAGAAGAGGAAGUCAUCGUCCAGUAAAGCUCCAACAGGCCAGGUGGGACGCUUUAAAAAUGGAAUGCUGGUCCUGAGCACCAAAGAAAUUCAGAAAAUAAAAGCCUCCAUCAAAAAAAAAUAAGUUUAAAAUAAAUGCCACAAAAGUGAUGAAGUGAAAACAAUGAUUAAGAGCAUUUUUGGGAGUUAAGAGACUUUUCACAUGAAGAUGCAGUAACGGACAAUUGAUGUCCAAGCCACAAUUAACAUAAUCCCAGAAAGACUACAGAAAAGAUAUGAAGAGCACAUUUAUAUUCCAUCACAGUUUAUUCAUUAUAUAAAGGAAAGACAGCAUUUUCUUCAUCUUUUAAACGGUAUAAUAUGAAAACAAUGCCAACUCAUUUCAUAUACAAACCACUUAGAAGUACGAAACGUUUACAUCGUAUGAUAACUAAAGAACAUACGUAACAGAAUUCUAUAAAAUAAAGCACAGCUUUUUGUGAACACACUGGACACGGAUGCCAGUGUCCUAAUGGACCAGUUGACAUUCCCUAUGAGGUUUGGUGGUGCACCCUGCCUAGUUCUCUGGUAGUGUGGCAGUGGGAGGGCACUAGCCACGACCCCAGGGCAUGUGUGUUUAGAAGAGAGAUGUCCCCCAGACACGGCAACAACCUUCCCCACAUGGCAUACUGAGGGUGGGAACAGUAAACGUGGGCAAAAUAAAUCUCAGAAAUGUAUUAUACAUUUAUAAAUAAAUGGAUGAAAUAAA